CACUCCUACAUUCAUAUACACGUUCUGUUUUCCCCUUUGCUGUCUCAUGCAAUAACACCUAUACUUCAUCAUCAGCUGGACCCUUGAAAUGUGGCGCAGAGACGGCAGAGUGCCCAGCAACUGUUAUGGAGCACUUUCCCUCGAUAGAGUGCUCACUUUUGCAAGUGUUGGACUCCAUGAAGAAGUCUGAAGAAGAGAGGGAGUGUGAAGCCAUAAUCAGGGAAUUGGCGUCCCGGGUGUCCCUGGAUGUAGUGAAAGAGAGCCUCGCACCAUACCUUUCAGCCAUGGGACAGCGUACGACAGCGUGGCAUUUCAUGGAAUGGAAAGCCAGCGAAAAUCGGCGGCUCAUCCUCGCACCAAAGGAUUUCCUGGCCUUGCUGGACACAGAAUCCACACAGUUUUACCGUGAUCAUGUCCUCUUGAAAUCUGACGUCUUACAUAUCGCAGCGAGCACACUUGGUCAAUCCCAGAACAGGCAGUGGUUCCAGGAGCGUAGAUGCAGGAUCACAAGCUCUACAGCGCACCAAAUCAAAACGAGACGGACAAAGUUGAAGGAACUGGCUGUGAGCAUGGCAACACGUCAAGCAUUUUCAAAUGCUGCAACUCAAUAUGGAACUGCAAAUGAAAGCCGUGCACGUGACGUACUCCAGAUUCAGCUAGGUGUACCAAUUACACAGGACCUUGGGGUGUCAUUGCUGUACAUCCUCUAUUGCUUCUCGUCUCUUGAAACAAUGUCGUCAUUACGAUUGGUUGUGUGAGUAAUAACACCACCACA